UCUAUAAGUCUUGUUUUCGCUUCAUGAGUUUCUCUGUUCCUGUAUUUAACAUGUUUUUUAAUGUACCUUCAUUUUCAUUUCUCUUUAGCAAUACCGGUACCUGACUUCAUGGAAUCUACUUUCGUUUUUCGAGAUUUUGAUUAUCUUUCCUUACUUUUUGAUCUGUCAAAGGCGUUUUUGCGGGCCGAUUCGAUUUUAAGCAUUUGUGAUCAAGGUAGGUUAAGCUAAUCGAUACAUUUUUGAGAAAGUUUACCUAAACUGAUUAGCUAAUCAUUCUAAUCGUCCCAAUCGUAUUAACAAUAAUAAUAAUAAUCAAAAUUCGCAUUUGUAGACCACUGCAAAUCGUACUAGCAAAUCGAAACCGAAUCAAAUCGGUCGACAAGAACGCCUCAAGACUCAAGUGUAGAGGGCGCCACAUAACGCCGCUUGGUCACUGAAGAAAACUAAACUCGCGGAAACUUUUCGAUCUAACAACUUCCUUAAAGACAUAUCUGGUGUUUCUUACUUAAACCAUGGAAAUAUGCUGAGUGAAGAUUUUUUGUCUUGUUUUUCCAUAAUUAACAACCGAUUAUUAGAUUUAGCAGGUUCUUCUGAAUUUCAACGUUCAACAUUUGCAAAAAUGGAUGAACCAAAACAUCCAAAACGUGAAAUGGGAAGGAAAGAAAAUCAUGCAGUUAAAAUACAAGAUAUCCUUUAUGAACAAUUUGUUUCGGAAUCUGAAUUUUGUGAUGUCACACUACUUGUGGGAGAUGAGAAAGUAAAGGCUCAUUGGUGUAUAUUAGUGUCUUGUCCAUUUUUUCAAUCUUUACAUGAUAGUGGAAUGAAGGAGUCUUUUGAAGUAAAGAUAAGAUUGAAUUAUGGAACACCAUGGGCAAUGAAAGAAGCAUUAAAGUUUCUAUAUCUUGGAACUAUCAGUGUGACAUAUGAUAAAAUCAAAGAGCUACUGGAGGCUGCGGAAUAUCUUCAAAUAACAGACCUUAAAAAAUGUUGUAAUGACUACCUUUGCAUGACUGAAAUUAAUGAAGAAAAUUGUGUCCAGUUAUCUCUGCUCUCCAGCUUGUAUGAUUUGGACUUGUAUAAUAGUGCGUUUAAAUUCCUUCGUGGUCAUUUACCUACAGUGUUAAAGGGAGAAGACGCAUUGACUCUUACCAAGGACUCUGUGAUGUCGUUGCUUACUGAUGAAACCUUGACAUAUGUACCUCAAGAAACAUUUUUGGAAUUUAUUACAAAAUGGACAGAACAGGAUGAGGAUUUUCGUUCUGAGUUUUUUAAAGAAUUAUUUCUAGCUUUAAAUCUUCAAAAUAUUCCUAAAUCUGUGCUUAUUGACAAU